AUGCUUCUGGUCAUCGUAGUUUACGGUGACACUUUCUGUGUUAAGCUUAACCUGAAUAAAGUCUAUGACCGCAUACUGAAUAUUAUUUGUAACUUUGAACUGGAAGGCGAUAAUCUGGAUUUAUUUUGCAAGUAUGCAGACGACUCCAUCAGUGAAGAAUCGACCACUACCGAAAAGGAGAGACUUUUGAAGACUCACACAGUGGAAGUAAAAACUCGAAUGAAACCAUCCGGCGAUGGAGAACUUUAUGCCAUAUCGUCAGUUUUCAACGUGGACAUUGUCGUUGAUAAAAUGUGUAGAGGUGACUGGGAAACUUUUAUGUCAGUCCCGUGUACAUAUGCAUGCUGUUGUGAAUCACCAAUUCUUCUGAAACAGCAGACAUUACACGAAUAUACGCCAUACAUCACAGCAACAGGAGUGUGCUCUUGUCGCCAGAAGAAGCCAGAAAUACAAGGUCACAUCGGAAAAAUCAAAGAUGACGUCUACAAUACAGUGUUACGAGAUCCAUGCUGUCCCCCAAGUAGGAAACACCAAAACCACACCCAUUUAAAGCACAUACCAAACUACCGGACGUUCUGGCCUCAGCGAGUUGAUUAUCUUAUCCCAACAGACGACAUAGAAAUGGUAGAAACUCGACUUUACGCUAAGGAACGAAGAAUUGAUCAAAUAAAUGGUGGACAUGGUACUUUAGCCAUGGCCCUUUCAAAAGAAUUAUAUGGGGACGAAUAUUUUACUAGUGAUCUGCUUGAUGUCUUGGAUAACGAGACGCUCAGUUUCCAUGAAAAAAUAGGAAGACUUUCAAACCGUUUGACAGUCCCAAUAUACAUUUACCAUUCAGAACCUACCCAGUUUAACUGUUCUCAGACAUUCUGGACAAAAUUUGAACCCACUCGUACAGGAAAAGGCCAACCUGGUGAUGAUAAAGACUGCAGGUUUUAUAUUACUCUUUUCUACAAUGGACUGACUGGUUCCUAUGAUCGGAUAACACCCCUGAGAGGCUGUAACUGUGGAAUUCCGCCACCUCUGUCUUUACUUCGAAACCAUGAUAAAAUAGAGUCCCAGCUUCUUUUAUGUGUGGACCCAAGAAAACGCCACCAUUCUCUGCUUCCUUUUCUUUCAGAAGAGCCAGAAGAGGAAAUGUUCAUGACAGAAAUACGAGAUUUUCCAAUCUGCACACCAUACUCUUCAAUGUGCAUAGCGAUGCAGAGAAGUGAUAUGAAAGGAAGAACAUUCGACUCCAUUCAGAUUUCCCACCAUUCUUUACUUCGGUGCUUGAGCAAAGAAAUUUUUGGAACUGAACAACAUGUUGAUUUAUUACUUAAAGAAUUAUGCGGAGAAUUGUUGCAAAAUAUUACCACCUACUUACCCGUCAUUGGAGGAAAUAUAAUUCGGUCUUACGUAGCUACAUUUGGAAAGUUACCUGAGGGUAAAAAAGAUGACGGACAGCUGACAAAGUUUGUGAUUGGAAGAAUUGAAGAUGAUCUUCCUACUGAUGAUGUACUAAUAUGGCUUGCAUGCACGUUUUUUCAGACCAAUAUUUACGUCCUCCAAGUAAAGGACACAAAAACCUCAACAGAGAGUUUCUGGAAAGAGUACUCAAAGCUGAGAACCCGAGAGAAAAAUCCACAUAGAAAUGCACGUGUAAGAAGAACAUGUCCAAAGAAUAAACAGUUGUAUAUUACCCUUCUGCAAACAGGAAGAAAACAGUUUCACAGAAUUGUUCCAAAAAUGGCUUGUUGUAAUUGCGUUGUGGAUAUUCCGGAUAUUCUUUUGAGUGAAGUUGACUCCACACCAUAUCGUUCACAGCUAGAUUUUAAAGUGAUGCGAAAAAUAAGGAGAGUUGAUACCCUUUUGAAAACAGCCUGUGUUACUGUAGAGCAGUGGCUUUCAUGUAAUCAAGCUCUACAGAAAAGAUGUGACUUGGUGAUAUGUGAAAUUGAGGGUCGUCGUAAAAAUGUAAAUAUUGCCACAAUUUCUGGUUCUGGGGCGGGAAUUGUUGGUGCAGUCCUGACAGGUGUUGGAAUAGCGCUUGCACCGCUAACCGGAGGAAUUUCCACCCUACUGGCUGUAGGAGGAGGGGUUCUGGCGGUUUCCGGAGGAACAGUGGCUGCAGGAGCAAAAAUUACUGAAACCUACUUGAACAGUGGUACAAUAGACAAACUUAAACGGUAUCAAAACUCUUACCAAGAGAUAUUUGAGCUCUUACAAAAUGUAAUGGAAGAGUUGAAAAUGGAAGUAAAAAAGCUGGCAGAGAUGUCGACUGAAAUCAGAACCAAUCAGAAUAUUGGGGCAUCCGACUUUGCGGGAGUACAGAGCUUACCUGGUAUUUUAAGAACCGUAAAAGGUCUAGCAAUUAUCCCAGUAAGCCUGCUUAAGGUAUCAGCCAGAGGAAUAACAAUUCUUGGAGCAGUCAUUGGGCCACUGACUGCUCUGUUUGAUGCAGGUCUAUUGGCAUUCUCGGCUUAUAAUAUGGCGAAAGGAAACCGAACCGAUUUGACGGAAAAUCUUCGUCGAAUAUCAGUAUCUCUAUAUGGAGCUAGAAGACAGAUGCACAAUUGGGCAUACGGGAAUGGGAGACCUUUCUAUUAUAAAUGAACUUUUUAUGGAAUACAAAUCGAUAUCCGCUCAUAUUUGUAUGAUGGAUAUCAAUAUUAUGAUUAUCAUUUACAUUUCCUAGAUAUGAAAAAUAUGUGAUGAAAUAUAAUACGAGGGCUGUUCAAUAAAUAAUGUCAUCGAUGCUCGGAGGA